CAGAAGGAGCUCUGCAUGGCACCAGCAAGUAGGAGGCAGAAGGCAGAGUCUGCUAUGGAACUAAUACCAGUGAACAGAUUUUUAUGACCCACCACUGCCUAAGUAGAAGCAGGAGAGAUCUUAACAUUGCUGCUUAUUGUACCCUAGAAAGAAAGAAAGAAAGAAAGAAAGAAAGAAAGAAAGAAAGAAAGAAAAAGAUGCAUGAGAUGCUCUGAAAAUGUUCUUUACCUCCAGAAUUUGGCAGAUUGUAAAGAUUAAACUGUAAGGACGUGUAAGGAAACUAUAAUCAAAAGCACAGAAAAUAGCACUUCUGAAAGACAGAGGGAGCAGACGCUAGAUGAAUACUGUUAUAUGAGUCAGCAUUGUGAUGCUGUGGCGCAAAAGAGCUGGACCAUGUGUAGUUUGCAUUUACAGGAGAACUCUUGGAGUAGCCAGAUUCCUACUAGGGACCGAGAAGAACUUGUCUUCUGUUCUGGACACAUGCAUUCCGUAAAUGCUGAUCGACAGACAGCUAACAACUUAGGAAAGAUUCAAAAAAGAAUUAUUCCAGCCCUUCUGCUGAAGAAAAUAAUUAUAAUAAAUAAAUUUUCAGAAAAUGUUUAAUUAAGCAUCCAUUAGUUUGCAUUUUUCAUAUAAUUUUUUUUUUAGAAUGUUUUACUUUGAAAUUAUUUUACAAGUUCCCUCCCCUCACCCGCCCUCAUAAUGUUUUGUGAGGAAUUCCUAGUAGAUGCUGUGAUGUAUUAAGCCUUGAAAAGACAUACAUAUUUCCAGUAAAAAUGUUUUUAAAAUAAAAUAUAUUUAGGAGUCAAUGUUCCAAGAGCUAGGGAAAAUGCAUGAAAACAUAAGAUUUUCAUGAUUUUCAUCUAACAUUAGGAUUCCUAUGUACAAAUUUCCAUACUUGUUUAUGCGGUAACUGUGGAGUUGCACAUUACAUACCUAUGUAGAAAACUUAAUCUUACCAAGGGAGAUUUAACUGACUUGUUGGUUAUUGGGGUUCUCUCCUUUUCUAGCGAAUAAGAAUCCACUUCUACGCUUAUAAGGCAUAACUUGGUGUUUCAUGAUAAAUUAAAAUAAAUAAUCACUUGGUUUUGUUUAUCUGUGAAACAGUGUGCACAUCAGCAGCAUUCCAGCUUAUGUGGGAUAGCUCAGCCAGUAGAGUAUGAGACUUUUAAUCUCAGGGAUGUGGGUUUGAGCCCCAUGUGGGACAAAAAGAUUCCUGAAUUGCAGGGGAUUGGACUAGAUCACCUUCGUGGUGCUUUCCAAAUCUGUGAUCCUAUUAUAUGUCUUGUGUAUUGACGCAAAUAAAUGCAUUAAAUUGAUAGAGCAAGGAAACACAAGCAUGACAUUCAGUGAUAAAACAGGUUAGUAAUUAAUUUGUGCAUUGUAUUUAAAUAUUUCUCAUUAUUUUUAAAUAUAUAUAUAUACAUGGAGUUGGAUAUACAAUGAGAAUCGAAACAAAAAAUGUAGUGUGUGCAGUUCCUAGCUGUGACUCUGAGUGUCGCUGUUGACCAACCAAGGCUAAGAAAUGCACUGAGAAAUUCAUCCUUCCCAUAUGAGCUGCUCAGCUCAGAAAAUGCUGAGAGAUCAGAGUUUCAGUGAACAUUUUUGCUUUGGGAAUCUCAGCUGCAAGACCCUUUCUGGCAACACUCCGUCAUCCUGAAUCACAGAUCUCCCCAGCAGCUUCAUAUCAGACCAGGAAUGGCAACAGCAAAGUAUCCUCAAGCUUGCAAAAGGAGAGUUUUCUUUUUAUUUCUCUUUGCUAACAUCUGCCAAGCCAUCACCAGACAGAUCCAGUACUCCAUUCCUGAAGAAACUGAGAGAGGCUUUUUGGUGGGGAAUAUUGCAAGGGAUCUUGGACUGGACGCAAAGGAGCUCUCAGAUCGUGGAAUUCGCAUUGUUUCCCCAGGUAGGACUCAGUAUUUUGCUUUGAAUUAUAAGAGUGGCCAUUUGCACACCACAAAGAGAAUAGACAGAGAGGAGAUCUGUGGUCAGGAAGAGAAAUGUAUUUUGAAUUUUGAGAUUAUAGUUGAAGAUUCAAUGAAAAUUUAUGGAGUUGAAGUGGAAGUCACAGAUAUCAAUGACCAUGCGCCCACCUUCCCGUCAGAGAAAUUAGUGAUAAAUAUCAGCGAGAAUGCAGCUUUGGGGUCCCAGUUUCCCCUCUUGGAAGCUCAAGAUCCUGACUUAGGAAACAAUUCUCUACAGGGGUACAAACUCAGCAACAAUAGCCAUUUUUCUUUGAUUCUCCAAACAUCAGUUAAGGGCAAACAAUAUGGAAAAAUUGUGUUGGAAAGACCUCUGGACCAUGAAAAAGAAGCAGUUCAUAAUCUUAUCUUCACCGCAUAUGAUGGUGGUGAUCCAGUCAGGAGUGGCACUGCACAGCUGCACAUUACAGUCUUGGAUGCGAAUGACAAUGCACCCAUUUUUAGCCAACGCAUCUAUGAAGUGAGCGCAAGGGAGGAUUUACCUCUAGGAACCAUUGUGGUUACAUUAAAAGCUACUGAUCUGGAUGAGGGGACCAACAAAGAAAUGACAUUUUCGUUUGCAGAAAUCACGGAAAAGGCUUCCCAGCUAUUCCACUUAGAUAAACACACAGGUGCACUAACUCUCAUAGGAAGUUUAGAUUAUGAGGACUCUGCUCUUCAUGAAAUUGAGGUCCAGGUCCGUGAUGGUGGAGGUCUGUUGGACAGAUCAACUGUCAUAGUAUUUGUUACUGAUGUAAAUGACAAUGCACCCAAACUGGAAAUAACUUCACUUAUCAGCUCCAUCCCUGAGAACUCUCCACCAGCGACUGCAAUAGCCCUUCUGAAUGUGCAAGAUGAGGAUUCGGCAGAGAAUACAGAAGUCACAUGCUCUAUCCCCAGCAACCUCCCCUUUCUACUGACAAAAGCCUAUGGCAACUACUACAGUUUGGUGACAGCAAGAGCCCUGGACAGAGAGCAGGUGGCAGCCUACAACAUCACUGUCACAGUCACGGAUCACGGGACCCCUCCACUUUCCACAUCAAUUGUUAUUCCACUUGAGAUUUUAGACACAAACGACAACCCUCCACACUUCCUGCAAUCCAUUUAUACUUCGUAUUUAAUGGAGAACAACCCAAGAGGGGCCUCCAUAUUUUCCCUGAAGGCUGAUGAUCCAGACUGUGGAGAGAACUCCAGAGUCACUUAUUCCAUCAUUGAGCACAACAUCAGUGACUCCCCAGUAUCUUCCUUCCUCUCCAUUAACUCUGAGACUGGGACUGUCUAUGGCCUGAUCUCUUUUGAUUAUGAGGAGAUGAGGGAGAUGAAGUUCCUGGUCAAGGCCCAGGAUGGAGGUUCUCCACCACUCAGCUCCAACGUCUCAGUGACUCUCUUCAUCCUGGACCAGAAUGACAACGCUCCCCAAAUCCUGUACCCCUCCCCUCCCACUGAUGGCUCCACGGGGAUAGAGCUGGCCCCUCGCUCCUCAGAGCCAGGCUACCUGGUCACUAAGGUGGUGGCCGUGGAUGCGGACUCUGGCCAGAAUGCCUGGCUCUCCUACCAGCUGAUCAAGGCCACCGAGCCAGGGCUCUUCACUCUGGGGCUCCACACGGGAGAGAUCAGGACGGCCCGCUUCUUUCUGGAGAAAGAUGCCCUCAAGCAAAGCCUGGUGGUUUUAGUCAAGGACAAUGGGCAGCCACCUCUCUCUGCUUCAGCCACUCUGACUGUGGUGCUGGCUGACACCAUCCCUGCAGUCCUCUCAGACCUGAGCAGCAUCUCAGCUCCUGUAGAUCCUCCAUCUGACCUCACCUUCUACCUGGUCCUUGCAGUGGCUUUUGUCUCCUGCUUGUUCUUCAUCUUCCUCCUUGUGUUACUGGCAGUUAAACUUCAUAGGUGGAGAUAUUCACAGUCUGGAACUGAGAAGUUUAGUGGAGUUCCAGUUUCACAGUUUGUGGGGAUUGACGGAGUCCGAGCAUUUCUGCACUCCUACUGCCAGGAGGUUUCUCUCACUACAGACUCUAGGAAGAGCAAUUUCGGAUUUCCCAAGGGAAAUAUUUCCAAUACUAUGACCAGUCACCAGCCCUGUGAGAUAAAUGAUCCCUUUCUCAUUGCUGAAGAGAUUGCAAACAGUAAUGGGGAUUCAGCCAAUAUACAGGUGAAGUCUUGCUAUCAAAUCAAAGGUUUUUCACUUUAUAUUUUCAGUUAG